UCCGUUCCCUCCUGUUGCCGCUCCUGUUGCUGAUGCUGUUCCCUCCCGCGAGUUCCGAAAGCCAGAAGGCACCGCUUCAGUCGCCCGUUCCCGCCACGGGACCGGGCCUCAGUGUUUAUAUGAGUCAAGAAGAGGUGCUGCGCCUUAUCGGAAUCGAUGCAGAACUUUAUUAUGUGAGAAAUGACCUUAUCAAUCACUUCGCUUUGUCAUUUAAUCUACAAAUACCAGUAGAGACAAACAGCCUUCAUUUCACUUGGCAUGCGAAGUCUAAGAUUGAAUAUAAACUGGGAUUUCAAGUAGAUAAUCUGUUGGCUAUGGAUAUGCCACAGGUAAAUAUUUCUGAACAAGGAGAAGUUCCUCGAACUUUGUCAGUAUUUCGGAUGGAACUGUCUUGUACUGGCAAGUUAGACUUUGAUGUUACAGUACUAAUGCAACUCAACAUGACAGUUAAUACUUCUAAAAAUAUCACAGUAUUAAAUUUCAAACGGAGGAAAAUGUGUCAUAAAAAACUUGAUUUAGAAGUAAAGCUGCCAAUAUCAGACAAAAAUAACACUAAAGCCAUUUUUGAUCCUGUAAAUGCAGCUCCCACCACUUCUACGCGUGUGUUUUAUAUCAGUGUAGGAGUUUGCUGUGCGGUCAUAUUCCUGGUAGCAAUAAUACUAGCUGUUUUGCAUCUUCACAGUAUGAAAAGAAUAGAAUUAGAAGACAGCAUUAGUAACAGCAGUAGUUCUCAAGGUUUAUCUCAGCCUUCAACUCAAACAACCCAGUAUCUGAGAGCUGACACACCUAAUAAUGCUACACCAAUUACCAGUUCCUCAGGUUAUCCUACUCUACGGAUAGAGAAGAAUGACCUUAAAAGUGUAACUUUGAUAGAGGCAAAAGCUAAAGUGAAGGAUAUAGCAAUCUCCAGAGAGAGGAUAACACUAAAAGAUGUUCUUCAGGAAGGCACAUUUGGUCGAAUUUUCCAUGGUAUUCUAAUAGAAGAUAAAGAUCCUAGUAAAGAAAAACAAGUGUUUGUCAAAACAGUAAAAGGUAAGUUUUUAACAUUGAAUUUCAUUCUUGGAGACCCAUGCUUCUUCAUCAGCAUUCAUUUCUAGGUGUAUCAAAAGAAAUGUCCUUUAGCACACAUCAUUUUCAGUUCAGAGAAGAGUAGAUUUUGCUAUACACGAGUACAUUUCAAGCAUACAAGCUAACAAAACAGUAAAGAGAUUGGAUUAGUGACUCUGGAAGUUGAUGCCUGCCAGUGAACGUUCGAAAUAUGUGUUUUUAGGUGGAAAUUAUUCCAAAUUCUAUUGGGAAGUCAGUUUGCAAUAUAAGUGAUAACAGGAAGAAAAACCGAAACACAUAAAACAUAUUAGCUUUGAAUAAUAAAUUGAAAGGGAUGGUAGCUUGUACUUCUCUAGUUAAAAGAACCAAGUACAUAGUCUUGUGAAGAUGUCUAGAAUUAAGAAAACUUGAAGGAAUCUUGACCACCUAUUUUGCUUUUAUCAUAUAUUUUUUAAAAUAUAUUGCAGAUGUUUCUAUGCCAUUUCAGUUAUAUAAUUCCUAAGAGGCUUAUGGCAUAACAU